UCGGCAUGGCUUCCCGUUCCAACCUACAGCGAUGGCAUACGAUCCCGUUCAGAGGCUUCUGGCAAUCGGCUCGAAAUGCGGCUCCCUCAGGAUAUUGGGCCAACCGGGGGUGGAUGUUCACGUACGACACGACAUGGAUGGCCCUCCAGGUUCCGCUGCCGUCCUUCAUCUACAGUUUCUCGUCAACGAGGGGGCCCUUAUUUCUGCCACCGCCGACGACACCCUUCACCUGUGGAAUUUCCGACAGCGAAUUCCACAGAUCGUUCAAAGUCUCAAGUUCCAAAAGGAAAAAAUCACGUAUAUGCAUCUGCCGCUGCAAUCAAAAUGGCUGUACGUCGGUACGGAGAGAGGAAACGUUCACGUAGUACAGAUAGAAAAUUUCAAUCUUUCCGGUUACAUCAUCAACUGGAACAAAGCCAUAGAAGUGUCUAGGAAAACACAUCCUGGUGCGGUAGUACAUUUAAGUGAUAAUCCAUUAGAUGCUAGUAAAUUAUUAAUAGGAUUUGAAUCGGGUCUCGUAGUUUUGUGGGACUUAAGGAAUAAAAUGGCCGAUAUGAGGUGGUCGACUUGUGAAUUGAGGUCUGUCGCAUGGCACCACGAAGGAAAGCAAUUUAUGUGUUCACAUACGGACGGUACCUUGACAACCUGGAGUUUAAAGUCGCCAUCUAAGUACAUCCAUAUUUCUCAACCUCACGCAAAAUUUAGCAAAGACGGAAAACCUGAACAAUGUAAAGCAAUUUCUAAAGUGGAGUGGAAAUCAUCUCGGACAGGGGAAGCAUAUGUGAUAUUUUCUGGUGGAAUGCCUUAUGACCAAGCUAGUAGAACACCUUGUAUAACUGUUGUAUAUAGCAAAACUACUACCGUUUUAGAAAUGGAACAUAAUGUUAUAGACUUCAUUACGCUUUGUGAAUCUCCAUAUACUAGUGAACUACAAGAACCAUACGGAAUCAUUGCUCUUCUUCAAAACGAUCUCGUAAUAAUGGACCUCCAAACUCCAGGUUUUCCGUGCCUGGAAAAUCCCUAUCCUAUGGAUAUUCACGAAUCGCCUGUUACGUGUUGUAGUUAUUUGGCCGAUUGCCCCGCCGAUCUCAUCCCCGCAUUUUAUUCCGUGGGAAGGGCGGGAGCGAUGAAAAGACAAGGUUUCUCCGAAAUGGAUUGGCCCGUGAACGGCGGGACAUGGCCAGCUCAUGCGUGUACUUACGCGGAAAUAAUCAUGACCGGGCACUCUGACGGUAGUAUAAAGUUUUGGGACGCCAGCGCUGGUACGCUGCAAGUUCUCUACAAACUGAAAACCGCCAAAGUGUUCGAGAAGCCCAAAUCCAGGUCGCUGGACGCCGAGGAUGAACCGUUCGCGAUUGAAAUCAUUUCCUUGUGUCCAGAAUCGAGGAAGCUCUGCGUCGCUGGAGCUUCUGGCCAUGUCAUUUUGUUCACGUACAAGAAAGUGGAGAGUUUCGAUGAGGUGACGGUUCUGGAAGUACCUAUCACGUAUGAAAUAUUAGAUGAGGGGGAGAUAUCGCCCGAUUGUCAAUUCUCAGGACCUGGCAGCGCCGGAUCAGGAAGUAAAUUGGAUAUGUUGGAUAUAGACAAUAAACGGGAUGGUGCCAUGUUGAAGGUGAAAACGGGGAAUCAGAAGAAACUUCCCGGUUUCCAAGCUCAGUUAGUUUGUUUAACUCCAUGGAAUAAUGGAGAACCUCCUAGUCAUAUUACAGCUUUAACAAUUAACAGUUCAUAUGGACUGAUGGCUUACGGUAAUGAAGCCGGCAUUGUGAUAAUAGAUAUAGAACAAAAAGUGUGUCUUCUUAACGUUGGUAGCCCCGACUUAUACGGCGCUCAAGAUCCCUACUCUCGGGUGCCAAGGAGCCCAAAAAAAAAUCAAAUGCCCUCCGAGGCGCUCCCCAUCAACCCAGAGAGGGACGAUAGACAACCCAGAAGCCCUAGUAUAGACCAGAUAAACGGCGUAUGCAGUCCAGCGUCGGCUUGUCCAAGCGGUACCGUCUCGACGUCGAGUGGUGGCGGUGUGGGCAGUGGUGGCGGAGGUCGAAUACGGCCGGACCCUCCUCGCAGAUCACGAUCCCAAGACAAGCUGGAUAGCUCGUUCUCGAGAUCGAGAUCGUCGUCGAUGAGCUCCUUGGAGAACAUCACCUCGGAGUCGAUACAGUGUUUGGCGUUUGUGGAUUCGUAUACGAAGAAAUCAGAGCCAUCCACGUUAACUCCGACGUUAUGGGUAGGAACAAGCCUCGGAUCUGUCAUAACUAUAUACAUAACUCCUCCAGACGUGGACAGUAGAUCCUCGCAACCUGUGGUAGUUUCCUUAGUCGGAGCUACCGUCUUUAGACUGAAAGGCUCGAUAUUGACGAUGUCGUUUUUAGACUGUAACGGAUCUCUAAUACCUUAUUCCUUUGAAUCGUGGAGGGACGAGCAGAAAGAAAAAAGGGAUAGAACCCCGACGAGGAAUAACAUGCGGAUGAGUCCUACUUUGGGAGGUGAUACUGUGAGAAGUGAUAAUUUGUCGGAUAGGCAGUUUGUGGUGAUGGCUAGUGAGAAACAAGCGAGGAUAGUGGCGCUUCCCUCGCAGACCUGCGUGUACAGACAACAAUUGGCUGACGCCGAUUUUGUAGUAAAGGCGGAGGUUAUAUCUAUGAGAGUUAAUGUGUGCUUAGCCUGUUAUAUAUCAAACGGCCACCUGACGACGUACAGUUUACCAAGUCUAAGGCCUCUCUUAGAUAUUGACUUUUUGCCCCUCUCGGAGCUUAGAAUCACCAGAACCUUCAACUUCAGUAACAGAGGUCAUGGUUUAUACCUUGCGUCACCUUCAGAGCUACAAAAGUUCACCUUAUGCGCGGAAUUUUGCUCAAACCUAACAGAAAUGAUUGGUGAACUUUUCCUACCGAUGGAAAUGCCAGAGCCACCCAAAGAAGGAUUUUUCAAAGGACUGUUUGGAGGUGGUGUUAGAUCUCUAGAUAGGGAAGAGUUAUUUGGAGAAUUGAGCGGCAAACCCAGCAAAGCCGUGGCGAAGCACAUUCCAGGAAACCUCUCCGAUCUCAAUCAGCGAGCGACUAGUGCCAGUAGCGAAGUGAGCAGAGCCCACAAGUUGAUGCUAGAGCGAGGGGACAAACUCAACCAACUAGAAGAGCGAGCAGAAAAGAUGAGAAGCGAAGCCGAAAACUUCUCCUCGUCAGCACACGAACUCAUGCUCAAAUACAAAGAUAAAAAAUGGUACCAGUUGUGAAGUGCUUGUAUUGUCAUUUUUACUAACACUGUAUAAGAGCGUUAUUUGUGGUAUAGUCCAGAGCGCAUCUGUUUUGAGAUGGAGGUUGAGAGGUGACUCAUAUUUUUUGCAGAAAUUGCUUGGAAAUAACUUAUAUAAUAAUAAUUGAAUUAUCCUCCCACACAAAAAGGUCCGGAACAUUGUUUAAAUAAUCAAAAUGUCAAAAAAUUAAAGAAAAAUUCGAUUUUUUUCUUCGUUUUUUGAUUAUAACUUUAAGCAUUUCCGAGAAAAGCUGUACUAACAAAAAAGUUGCAUAAUUAAAUUUCCUAAAAUAUAGAAUUGGGUAAAAAUUUUUAAAAUAGUCACCCUUUUUGCAAAAUAGCAAUAAUUGCGAAAAAAAACCAUAAAAAAACAAGUAUUCACAUUUUACGUUUUUCAGCCAUUUAUGCUACACUUAGGACCUUCAUAUUUCAUCCAGAAAAACUUAAUGAUGUAAUAAAAUAAUACUGUAAAUUUCAGUAAUAUCGGUCUAAUAGAUUUUGCAAAAUUAAUUCUACAAUCCAGCUUUCGCAAAAAAAUGCAUUUUUUUUUGAAAAUGUUGCAGGAUUGAAAAUAAAGCAGACAGAAAGUUGAAUUUUUUUACAUAUAAAAGAAUACUGUACUUUUCAUUUGCAAUUUUCAAAAUUAAAAUCGGUUAGCUACCACGACGUUAGGAAUUUUUUUAAAUAAACAUUAAUUUUUGGUGCUACGCACAGGACAGCGGAUACGUUUUCUCUGAUUGGGCAUUCCAAUGACCUGCCAAAAAUUAUCGAAUAUUGCGGCUGUCGACAAACAAAUGUGUUGUUGUUAAUGAUUGUUAAGUUGGUGUUUUAGUUUUUAUUGUUUUGAGAACGGAGACAAAAGUAAGUUGAUACUUGUAGUGACUUUUUAGUUUUUAAAAGUAACAGGCACUUAAAUGUAAAUAUUUUAGCAUUGUAAUGAAAAAUUAUAUAUUCUAUUUGGAAAAUGUAAAAUGUUCGAUUCACACAAGUUGAUUUCCACCAAUAUUUCUACCAAUCUUUAUCUGAUAUAUUAUUUUCUUACUCUUUAUUUUGUUGUAUUUUAAUAUUUUAAUUCCACAAAAAUAAAACUAAAUUUGAUUAUUGUUUGUGAAAUAUUGUUUAAACAAUUACAUAUGUUUAACAAUAAUAAACAAUUAUUCUCUAAGUUAAAAUAUAUGAACAAAGAAAGUUUUUGCUAAAAAAAGUAUCAUUUCAAAGGACAGGGUAUGUGUUUUUAUUUUGCAAUAAACAAAUUUAUUUAUUUAUAUCGAAAUGUACUAAGAAUUAAAAUUUAUCAAUCAGUAUCAAAGGUCAUUGGAAUGCCCAAUCAGAGCAAACGUAUCAGCUGUCCUGCGCAUAGCACCAAAAAUUAAUGUUUUUUAUAUAUACUUGUUUUUAGUGGUUUUUUUCGCAAUUAUUGCUAUUUUGCAGCAAGGGUGACAAUUUUUGAAAUGUUUAACCAAUCCUAUAUUGUAGGAAAUUUAAUUAUGCAACUUUUAUCUCAUUGCAACUUUUCUCGGAAAUAAAUACUUUUAAAGUUAUAAUCAAAAAACGAAGAAGAAAAUCGAAUUUUUCCUUAUUUUGAUUAUUUAAACAAUGUUCCGGAGCGUCAUGAGUGGGAGGAUAACUCGAUUAUUAUUAUAUGAGAUAUUUUCAAGCAAUUUCUGCAAAAUAUAUGAGUCACCUCUCAACAUCCAAAUGUACUAAUAUUUUUACAAAUGCGCCCUGGUCUAGUAAUAAACUGUAAAUACUUUCAUACUAGAAACGUAGAAUUGAUAGUGUGUAGACUAUUCAGUACGUGAUAAAUCAAUAAUGAAUACAAACAAUGAUAAAAAAUGUAGUAGAUAAAAUCUGGUUUAUGUUUUAAUGAAAGUCAUUAAGUCUGCCGUUUUUCAACGCAUUACAGUGUUGAAUAAAUCAACUUCAAUGGAGCAAACAUGUUCGGAAUAAUUUAUGAAGAUUAAGUACCCAUGUUCUGGAUAUCGUGUUUGCUAAAACAGAAGUAAAUACAAUUUUGUGAGACAAUCGACCAAAAGAAAAUGCUUUAAGGUAUUUUAAUAAUAAAUUAUGUAAUUUAUUAUACUAUAUCUAAUUUAUUUAUUACACCAAAUCUACUAAUUUAUCUAAUUACAAAUUCAAAAAUACCGCGCCCGUUACAUAUCAAAGUACACCGACGGUUUCAAAUUCACUACUAAACUCUAAUUCCAAAAAUGUCUAUUUAUAUAGUUAUGUACAAUUAGCCUACUGAUUUCCAGAAACAUCGAAAGGUAAAUAUUAUUUACAGAGCAAUAAAAAAGGUUUAUCGAUGGCUUUCUAGAUACGCCGAUUGUAAACAAGUUUCUCUCGCCCACAAAAAGGGUCUCAGACAGUUCGCCGCCAGAAGCUUCCGAAAUUGACAGGGCCGCCCUGGGACCGUAACAGUUCCUUAUACUGUAAAGUCAAGUUGGGACGGACUAUAGUACAGUCGGAAAAAUGAAAGAAUACCCAUGAACGAUAACAUUAAUCACUUACUUUGUAUUUGCUGUCGUUUCCUAUAAAUAACAAACGUUUGUUAUAGAAAGAGACAGCAAAUACAAAAUAAGUGAUUGAUGUUAUCGUUCAUGGGUAUUCUUUCAUUUUUCCGACUGUACAUAUUUUUCCGAAACUCAGCAGAGUUAAGUACUUUAAAUAGAAGUUAAACAGAAGGGGAGAAAGCACACAUUUUUGUCGUAUGCCUUUUAAUAUUCUGAUAAGAAUUAAUUUUUAUACAAACUUGUACAAAAAUUUGUGGUAAAAGCUCAUUGACAAAUGACAGUUGCAUUUUGAUUACCUGAAUUGUCUAUUUUUCGCGAUCAAUAAAAUAUAAAAUAUCAUUUUUAGCAUUUCCGAAUAUUACUGAGAAGUCGUGAAUACGUGAUAUUUUGAAAAAGUGUCGGUUAACACCGUUCGUUACAAAAAUGCCAAUUAUUUUCCUAGUUAACUUUUACUGUGCAGUAACCAAAACAUUGGUAGAGCAAUCGUUUGUAUUUUGUGGUUGUAAUAAUUGAAAAACGGUGGUUUUAGUGUCGAUAGAUAAAAAUAUUGUUACAAAAUACAUUAUUUGAAAAGCCAGUACGUUUUAUAAAUGCUUGUGCUAAAUAGUAAUUAUAAUUUUCUUCGUCUAUAGUUUCGUUUAAAUGUGGCUAGUAAAAUUGCUUUUUCUCGUACUGUGUAAAAAAAUUAUUAAUUUCCUUUCUCUACUUUUUAGACUUUUUAGUGGAUCUCGAAUAGGAAGAACCUAGCUGGAAAUAUAUAUUAAAGGGAAAAGUGUGUAUGCAGGGUAAAUUUAACACAGAAGAAAUAAAAAAAUUGUUACUACUUGUCAUAAUAUUAUAAAGGUAAAAGAAUAUAAACACUUGGACCAAGAUUUAUAAUAUAUAUACAGUAUAGAAAUUCUUCUCUGUAACAUGUACCUGUCUGUUAGCUAGGAAGACAUGAUUCAUUGCCGUUCAUGUGUGAAGAAGAAAAGUUACAAACAAACGUUAAGUUUGAAAAGAAAAGAAAUUUAGAAAUCUUAUUUUAGGGUCAAUGAUAAAUGCAGAAAUAAAAUAAAUAAUACCUGCCAAUCAAGAAGGCACAAAUAUUUGAAGGAGCCAAAACGACACUUUUCUUAAUCAGCAGAAUAUAAACAAGUAAUGGGAAUAUGGCUAUUCAUCGCUUUUCUUUUGUUUCCGUACCCUUAACGUAUGAGGUAUAAUAUAUUUACGUCAUACGUCAUUGGCAUAUAUUGGGUUUAUUCGUAGUACGAUCAGCGAACGUUGCCAACCAUCAGACGCAUGCGCAGUUAACAGUUAGCGUUCGUAGACUACGAACGCGCAUGCGUCUGAUGGUUGACAACGGUCACUGAUAGUACGACGAACAACCCUAUAAUUGAGAUAUACCAAUGACGUAUGAAGGAUGUAUAUUAUACGUAAUACGUCAAAGGUACGAAAAAAAGGAAAAGCGGCGAAAAGUCCUAAUACUGUUGGUGACGUUUAGGGAUUCAUUGAAACAACCCGAGAUACAGAUGAAUUGGCUAAUAUAGUCAAAUAUAAGUAAUAGACAAGAUAAUGAAGGCGUAAUCCACUGAUGGUAAACUUAUUUUCAAAAAAGAUUUAUUAAUCGGAUUCAAUAAGGUUGUCUGGUUACUCUGUAAAUAUUAGUAAAGAAUAAAAUUACUAAAUUGUUAUGCAUACACGCUUAAAAGGUUGUACUAACUGAAAAUAAUGUUAUGUAAAUAUAUAUGUGUAUUCUAAUGUAGAUAUUGAUUUGUCACCUACAUUAUUAAGACCUGUGGGCACGCUUUGUUGGAGAAAAAUUCUAUAAAUUGUUGUAAUUAUGUAUUUUUAAAAAUGUGUAACAUUUCAUGUUAUAAAACAAUAAAAUAGAAAUAAAAACCAACUUUGAAUAAUA